AUGGAGCUGCCCUGGCUACAGAGCUGGGACAAGCCGUGCCGGCUGCUGCUGCACAUCCUCGCCUCCGGCUCCUCCGGGACACUCGCUGCCCUCCGGAUGCUGCAGCGGGUCCCGGCCCCCGGGGCACCGGGGCAGGCGUUUCCCUGGCAGAGCUUCACCUCGGCCCUGUGUGCUGAGGAGCCCACCCUGGAGGGGCCAGAGAGGGCCCUGGCUGUCAAACCCCGCCUGCUGCUGCUCCCUGUUGUGUGCCAGAGAAACCUCUUCUCCCUGCUGCAUGUGGUGCAGGCCGCGGUGCCAGCAGGCUGCCUCAGCCAGCUGCUCCAGGCUUUGGAGCAGGAUUCCCACGUGGAUCCCUGGGUGCGGACACUGGGGGAUCUGCUCCGGAAAGGAUCAAGGGAAGGGGAGUGUUUCCCACCUCCUGUUGCCUUGUCUUCCACCUGCCAGCAGCAGCUUAGGAGUCUGUGCCAGAAAAUUGCCCAGAGCAAACCAGAGGGGCGAAGAAAUCUAAACUGGUGCUUCAGCCAGCAGCCCAGUGCCACUGGGGGCAUGGCUGACCCAGUGCUUCAAGGUGGGAAGCGCAAGACAGAGUUGGAGGAGAGCCUGGAGUUGGAUGAGGGGAGAGAGGGGAAGAGGUUGCUGCUGGAGGAGGAGGCAGCGUUUGAUCCCCUGGGAACCCAGGAGGGUGGAGAUGAGGCAGGGAUGCAAGAGGAAGUGCCUGAGGAGACUUUGGGGGACAGAUCUGCUGAGAGUCUGGCUGGAGCUGCUCUGGAAAGCUCCCAACAGGAUGCGUCUGGGGAGCCCAGGAAGGUUUUCCAGGCAGAGCUGGCAGCAGAGGUCCAGUCCUUUCUCCAGGUGCAUGGACUAAGGCUGAAAAUGCUGCUGCAGAAGGAGUCCAGCGACCAUGUUUCCCUGCAGCAGUCAGAGCUGAGUGUCCUGAACAACUGUUCUCCUGGCCAGCUCGAGGGGCUCUGCUCCUUCCUCCAGCUUUCCAUGUGCCCAGAGCAGCUCCUGGUGCGUUUCUGCAGCUGCCUGCUGGCUCUCACCCCUGACCUCAGCUACACCAGCGCUGCUGUCCUGGCAGAGCAGCUCUUCCUCAGGCGAGUCUUGUCCCUCACCCAGCCACCCUCUCGCCACCUCAUGGCUGCCCUGGCUUUGUUUUGCUCCAAGUAUUCCCAGCCCUUCUGUCGAGUGCUGGUGCCUGCGGUCCUGGGGGAGCCAGGGGAAGAUGCUGAGCAGACCAAGCUGGUGUGUGAGCUUGUGGAAGAGUGCCUGGAGCCAGACUGUGUGAGACUGGUGCUAAGCCAGGUCCUGGAGGUGCCUUUGUCAGAGAAGCUCCUGCCAGUGGUGCAAGCUGUGCUGGGGAGGCAGGAGGUGCUUCCCCCCGAGCUCUUCGAUCUGCUGGUCCUGACCCUGUGCCGACAGGCCCCAGCCUUUGCCACGUCGCUGAAUUACGCCAAGCUGGUGACAGCCGUGCUCACCAUGUACCAACGCCAGGUCACCCCAGCCCACCGGAGCCGUUUGGCUGCCGCGCUGGAUCGGAGCAACGCAGCUCUGAAGAAAUCCCUGCAGGCUGUUCUGGAAGGAGCCAGGUGUGUUGCUGGCCCUGCAGCUCUGCACAUGAAGGCGCUGGCAGGGACCCCGCCGGGAGAGGGGGAACAGGAGGCGCCGGGACUCGCCCUGGGGCGACGGCGAAGGCGGCAGCGACAGAGGACGGGCCGCCCACCCAGCCCCUCGCCGCUGAGGGAGCAGCAGGCAGAGCUGGCUGGGCUCCCCACCUCUCCAGAUGAAGGGACGAUGAGCAGUCCCCAAGGGCACCCAGAUGGGAUUGUGGCCGGGAGUGAGAGGACUGUGGAGCUCAUUGGUGAGGUACCAGGCACGGACAGGCAGGAGCUGGCUGUGCGCAUCGGGGACAGUGACGGGACCGAGGAAGGUGCAGAAACCUCAGAAGAGCCACUGCUGAAUUUUCCCAGUGAGCUCUCGGUGCUGGAAAGACUGGGCUUGCACAGGGUGGCUUUGACAGAGCAGGAUGUGGAGGCAGCCUUUGCCCACCUCGCCCUGGCUUUUCGCUGCGACGUGUUCACCCUGCGGCAACGGGUGCAGGUGGAGAAACGGGCACGGGACGCGGCGGAAGAAAACAUCCAGGAGGAGCUGGAGCAGUGCCGGGCUGCCCUGGAGAGGCUGGUGCCAUCCUGCACGGACGUGGGCUGCAAGGAGACGCUGGAGGAGCUGCAGCACAGCCUGGCCGUGCUGGCGGCCGCUGUUGAGCGGGCAACCAGUGCUGCCGAGAAGCUGGGAGCUGUGCAUCAGGAGGCCCGGAUGAGCCGAGCAGCAGAGGUGAUGGUCCAGCACGUGGAGAACCUGAAGCGGCACCACAUGCGGGAGCACGCGGAGCUGGAGGAGAUGAAGCGCCUGAUCCAGCAAAACUCCCGCAACCGGCAGCUGGCAGAGACCCAGGAUGACGUGGAGCCACGGCUGAGGCCUCACCCCCUGAUGCGAACUUUCCAGCAGGGGUCUGCCCGCCGCAGAGUCAGCAUCGCCGUCAUCCCCAAGCAGCUCUUGGUCCAAGGGGUGCCCGGUGGAGCUGUGGCGGCCGUGGCUCUUCCUCCCGCAGCACUACUGGGUUUUCUUCUGGCUGCUUCUCCUCAGCGUCGCCUUCCUCCUCCUCAUCCGUGUCCUGGAGCUGCAGCAGCUGCAGCCUGCAGCAUCCCCCAAGGCCUAGUCAGAGCUGCUGGGUGA